AUGUAUGAACAAGUCGGGAAUUUCAGGGAAGUGCUAGAACAUACGAAUGAUUCUGUUAAUCGAGCGCUUCUCUACUACAUGAUGUUCGUGAUGUUCUUCAUGAUGAUUCUGGGUAUGAUCUUGUAUGGCAUGAAACUUCAUUACAGAGUUAAACUGGCAGAUGAACUCGAUAAAAUACGACAGGACAAGGAGCCCGGAAGAGUGUUCUACGUGGAGGCAGGAUCUGGUGCACAGAGAAUCGUACCUGCACCGCUAUCACCCCCACUUACGGACCAUCAAAUAUACAACCCUGUCGGAGAAAUGCUCGUGGAUGAUGCCAGGCGUGCAGCAAUUUGA